AUGGAAAACGAAUCCUCAAGCCCUCAAAAAGAGGAGUCUGCCCCACUAAUGGACGAGAAGUUAAAGGAAUCCAUUAAUACGUUGACUCAUCAAUUAUAUCACUUUCAAGAAGCAAUAAUUUUAUUUGUCCAAUAUCCUAAAGAGCUAGUUAUAUUGUACACUCAACUUUUUCUCGUUUCGUACUCAUUUGGAAUGGUACUAAAUCUGCCUCAACUAAUAAUAAAUAUAUAGAAAUUAGGCUAUGACAUUAAAAUUUAAAAAAAUUAUUUGAUUUCAUAGAACAAAGACUAUCAAAUAAUCAUAUUUUUAUCCAAAAAUAAGUAUUUUUUUUUAAUACUUGCAGAAAAGCAUAGAUAUUAUGGAGGAGUAAGCGUUUUAUGUGCAUAUUUUACUGAUGUGUGGGGUACUUCUGACAUUGAAUCAGGGAUAAUUAUUGGUAUUUAUGGGCUUAUGACGGGUAUUGCAUCUUUGGUAACUGGCUCAUUUCCAUAUCGUUUUGGGGUAAAAACAAGUAUCACAAUUGGAGGAAUAAUUUUCAGCGCAGGCUUAACCUUAAUAGCUAUCUCAGAGUGGUUCUUGGUUUCCGUUGUAUCAGUCUAUACAUUAACAGCUAUCGGAAACAGUAUAAGUGUCCCAAUGACAAUUUUUGCAAUCUCUCUUUACACCCCUGAAAAAUCAAGGAUUAUCGCAAACAGCCUCGUUGUCAUCACUUUUUGUGUUACAUUUAUUUUUAUUGGUAUAGGCAUUUCCUUGUUCUGGGAAAUAUUUAAUGAUAAUGCAGAUUAUGCAUAUGGAGCUAUGUUUUUAUCUGCAGCAUUUAUAUGCAUUAAUGUGGUGGAGGCGACCACCCGACCUCUUGACGCAAUUUCCUCAACACCUGCAGGGAACGCCCAGGUGGAGUUACCAAGUUGAGAAACAGGCGGCAUCCUUAGUGUAUACUGGCAGAGGUUUUCUCCGUGCCACAGCGUAUGAUGCCUGGGACAUGGGUUUUUCCUCCAGGCAUGGAGUUGGAAAGGGCACAGUCGGCCAUCGUCCCCGAGAUUAGGUAUUAUCUAUACUUCUUUUCUUGGAGUGGCCUGCGCUUGCAGCGCCACUCCAAGGAAGUUUCUAUAUACUCGAAUUAGGGACCCUGAAGACAGCAGAUGCCUAGCAUGAAACUGGGAGUUACGCCCGAGGCUUCAGGCCAGCGAACGGACGCCCCGGGAGCAAGUCAGGCUGACGACGUUCUAGGCGAGGACAGACGGUGUCAGUAGGGCAUCUGGCGAGGGCGGAUUAACUUUUAGGGGCGGAAAUCCCAGGCCAUCUUUAAACACGGCUUUAAUUAAUCUUAAUCUGCAGCAUUUACUGCAUUACUUAGUGCUGGGUUAAUACACUUUGUUGGCCCACCAAAAUAUUCGCAAGAGACUGAGCAUCAAGAAGGCAAAAAAUUGAACAUUAUGGAUGUGUUUAAAACCAAGACCUUUAUGAGAUAUUUUAUUUUAUAAUGAAUAGCCCGCUAAAGAGCUUUUUGAGUUAGCCAGAAUUGGUAAAAUAAAUUUAAAUUUUCCUGAAAAAUUCUCCUUGUGGAUUAUCCAUCAUAAACAUGCAUAUUUUGUAUUUCUAAUAUUAUUGACUAUUUUAUUAGGAGCUUUUAAUACUUUUCCUAUAUCACUUGGUAAGUAUAUGACAAGGGAGUUCGGUGACGACGUAAACUGGGGUUCUAUUUUUACUAUACAGUCGAUUGUGACAAUAGUUUCUAUAGUCGCUUUGUCGUUCUUUUUAUUUAUGAUAUCAAGCUAUACUCUUAUUAUUUUUGGCUGCUUAAUUUCUGCAUUAUCAUUUUACUUUUUUACUUUGCCUCCUAGCUAUUCAAUGUGUGUCUUUUUUGCUAUUUUUUAUGGAGUUGGGUGCAGCUUAUUCCAGCCUCGGCUUUAUGAUUAUAUAUUGAAAGUUGCUCCUCUAGGACAAGAAGUGGUUUAUUUUUCCUUUUUAGUGCUUCCCAAUAACGUCUCUUUAUUAUUUGCAGGAAUUCUGUCUGGGGUGCUAUUAGAAGAAUACUGUCCUGAGGAUGGUGAUGAAAAAGAAUGCUGGAAAAUGUGAAUGAUUAUAUGCGCAAUUGCAGUGCCGACUGCUCUAAUUCUUGUUUUCACUAGAUCUUGUAUUGAAGAGCCUCAAGUUGAGAAGAAAAAAGCUUUUGAAUCGGAUGAUGAUAAAGCUACAUAA